CCUUUUUCAUUCUCCAUCUCAAAUUCCACCGUCAAACAAAAUAAACCCUCUUUCUAUAACACAAGAAACAAAAUCCUUUUCCACCUUGAAACUCAAAUUCCAUCACCGUUUCUGCAUCUUCACUAUCAAGAAAGAUUCACAUUCUGCGAUUCGGUGCCUUCUCCUUUUUCCUGCACGGGUCGUGAAAUCCUUUAUCAGCAGCUUUGUUCCGUUGUCAUCACGCUUGAACAACUCUCAGAAUUAGACAAAGGAAAGCAUGGAGUUUGAAGAAGACAUAAUCCACAGAAAGCUAUCACCAAAGCUUAUAGGUCAAAUCUUAUCUUUUCUGCCAACAAGAGAUGCAGUUAGAACUUCUGUUUUAUCAAAGAAAUGGGCUAAGAACUGGACAUUCAUCACUAAGAUGGACAUUGAUGAUGGUCUCUACUACGAUGAGUCUCAUUCUAUUCAAAAUUGCACUCGCUGCAAAGAUGAAUGUAACUGGGAGUUCUAUGUCUCUGAUAAGGUCGGCUUUGCUGAUUUUAUUUUGUGCAAGGAGUGUUAUAUUGAACAUCAUGUACUCAACAAUAAUGGAACAAAUUUGAGGCCUACAGAAUUGAGGGAAGUGAAAGUUGGUGGUGGAAAGAAAUUUGGGGAGCACUUUAUAAAAUUUGUGUACAAGGCACUACUUCUUACUCAACAAAAUAAUCCAAAUUCAAGUAUGCUGGAAAGGUUUUCUUUAGUGAUCGAUAACAGGCAUGAUAUUGAUCAUCUCAACACAUGGAUCUCUCACAUCUUAAAGAGGGGAGUAAAAAAUCUAAAGAUCCAUUCACCUUUUUUCAAAAUACCAUUUUAUGAUAGCACAUCCAGUUAUCUUUUAAAUUCAACAUUGCUAGAAGGAUUGGAAUUUGUGCUUCGGAUGUUCACCAUCAUCAACGUUCCCACCAAUUCGGUUCAUUUUGGACAUUUGAAACAUCUGAAGUUGUUCGGUAUCUUUUUUGACCUCUCCUCUGAUAUUUUUACACUUAGCUUACCAACUUUAAAAACAUUUGUGAUCAAAAACUGUGAUUGGUCAAUUGGAAAGGAGCUUAAUGUAGAAGCUUCACUACUUGAAGUUAUUUUCAUACAUCAAGACUUUAUUGAUCUACCCGGGCGAUCGAUCAAAUUCAAUGCUUCGUGUCUCAAAGAAUUCAGUUACUAUGGGGAUGGAAUAUCACAUCAAAUUAACCUGUCAGGUUGCGGUUUUCUAUCUAAUGCCUCUGUCAAAAUCAGUUUAAAAGAAUGUGAGAACAUCAUUCCGAAUACAUACUGCUUUGCUUUUCAACUUUUUCAUCAUUUUCAUCAAGUGAAGUGUAUCAAACUUGAAGGGUCAGAGGUCCUUACUCAAUCAGAGGUUGUUUAUCCUGUAAAUGCUCUUCCUGAAUUGGGCAAUUUGAUCCAUUUGGAGAUUGGCUUAGUUAGUAUUGAAGUUGUUUUAGGCCUACUUCAACGGUCACCGGUUCUCAAGACAAUUGUUCUCAAGAAAAUACGAAUGUUUGACAAAGAGCGUUUGAAUUUAGCUGCUGUACCCGAGUGUCUGAUAUCUGCCCUCCAGAUUGUGAAGUUUCAAAACAUUAAUGGCGACAAGCAGGAGCUACUUUUAGCUGAAUUUUUUUUGGAAAAGGGCAAGAUGUUAAAGAGAAUGAGUUUCUACAUUGAUCCAAAGCUGAUAAAAUUUGAGUCUGUGGCAGACUUCAUUCAGAAGAAGGUUUGCUCAUUUAAGAGAGGUCCCUCUUUUAGCUUUUUUACAUAUCAUAAGUGCUAUUAGAUCCACAAAGUUUCUUUGAACAUAUGGCAUGGUAUAUAAUGCUAAACUCGAGUCACCAAUACUUUAACUGAAUGCUUGUCUGUUAUAGCAGAAUGUAUGUGUAUGCAUGCAUAAUUUUGACAAUUUUUUUUGAAAGGAUUGAUAUUAUCAUAUGAUUA